UGUACAGAGACCACUGAUCUGAGAAGCAGCAGCGAGCAGCAUCCAGUGCUGUGACUUUUUAAGAAAUCUCAAUGAACUAUUUGUAAAGAAUGCACUGAUCCUGCCUGCAAGCCUUUUGCACAGCAAAGACAUCGAUCAGUGUUUAGUGAAGAUCGCAUUUUAUAUGUGAUCUUGACUUUUUUUUUCUUACAUUAUAUUUUUUUAUAGAUUUUGUUAUAAUCAUGGUGCUGGGGAAGGUUAAGAGUUUGACAAUAAGCUUUGACUGUCUUAAUGACAGUAAUGUCCCUGUAUAUUCUAGUGGGGAUACAGUCUCAGGAAGAGUGAAUUUAGAAGUUACUGGGGAAAUCAGAGUAAAAUCUCUCAAAAUUCAUGCAAGAGGACAUGCGAAAGUACGCUGGACUGAAUCUAGAAAUGCUGGAUCCAACACUGCCUAUACACAGAAUUACACUGAAGAAGUAGAAUAUUUCAACCAUAAAGACAUCUUAAUUGGGCAUGAAAGAGAUGAUGACAAUUCAGAAGAAGGCCUCCACACUAUUCAUUCAGGAAGGCAUGAAUAUGCAUUCAGCUUUGAGCUUCCACAGACACCACUUGCUACCUCAUUCGAAGGCCGACAUGGUAGUGUGCGCUAUUGGGUGAAAGCCGAAUUGCACAGGCCUUGGCUUCUACCAGUAAAAUUAAAGAAGGAAUUUACAGUCUUUGAGCAUAUAGAUAUCAACACUCCUUCAUUACUGUCACCCCAAGCGGGCACAAAAGAAAAGACUCUCUGUUGCUGGUUCUGUACCUCAGGCCCAAUAUCCUUAAGUGCCAAAAUUGAAAGGAAGGGCUACACCCCAGGUGAAUCAAUUCAGAUAUUUGCUGAAAUUGAGAACUGCUCUUCCCGAAUGGUGGUGCCAAAGGCAGCCAUUUACCAAACACAGGCUUUCUAUGCCAAAGGGAAAAUGAAGGAAGUAAAACAACUUGUGGCCAAUUUGCGAGGAGAAUCCUUGUCAUCUGGGAAGACAGAGACCUGGAAUGGGAGGCUGCUGAAAAUUCCCCCAGUUUCCCCUUCUAUUUUGGACUGUAGUAUAAUCCGGGUGGAAUAUUCACUAAUGGUAUAUGUGGAUAUUCCUGGAGCCAUGGACUUAUUUCUUAAUUUGCCACUUGUCAUCGGUACUAUUCCUCUACAUCCAUUUGGUAGCAGGACGUCCAGUGUCAGCAGCCAGUGUAGCAUAAAUAUGAACUGGCUUGGUCUAUCCCUGCCUGAAAGACCUGAAGCACCACCCAGCUAUGCCGAAGUUGUCACAGAGGAGCAGAGGCAGAGCCAUCUCGUGCCCAUGAGUGCCUAUGAUGAUUUUGAGAGGGCUCUCCAAGGACCACUGUUCGCAUACAUUCAGGAGUUCCGGUUUCUGCCGCCCCCUCUUUAUUCAGAGAUUGAUCCCAAUCCAGAUCAACAAACAGAUGACAGACCAUCUUGCCCCUCUCGCUGAAGGAAAGCUGGAUUGAAAUAGUUGACCUUGGUUUGGAACUGUAUCUCUGCCCUGCUGUGGAUAGAGGAAGUAUCUUGGAGACACGUUUUCAGAGGAAGUGGUAUUAUUCUUGCCCAGAAAAUGGCAAAUACAUGAAACCACCCGUGAUCAUGCUUUUGAAGCCUUAUAGCAACAUCACAGGACUGCUCCCACAUGCUUGAAGACGUGAGCUUUUUUCCCCUUAAACUGGCACAUACAUGGGGCAGCCUUAUUCUAGCCUAUGAUCGUACAAGUGUCAAGAUACCACGUUGUAAAAGAGGGAAAAUUUCCUUCUUUUGAUUUGAAAAUUUGCACAUGCUCAAUGCUUACAUUGUGCGAUUCAGUGUCACUACAGCUUUUUUUUUUUUUUCCCCAUUUAUGCCGGACUCUUGAUGCUCUUUUAAAACUUGCUUGUGGUCAGCACAACAAGGAGCAAAAAGAAAGCUUUGAAAAAAACUUUAUUAUGACAAAUGCACUGACAUUUUUUUUUUAAUUUAAUGUAGCCUGGACUUUACCUGUGUAGCACAUGCUCAGAAUUGUCCUUCUAGGCUGACCAUAUAUCACCUCUUCAGCUUGGAUCCAAUUGUGGAUUUAUUUACAAACAUCAAAUGCCUUCAAGCCAAUCCUUUUUGCUGUAUGUUUUGCAGCCUACUGUAGUAGAUAAGCAAACACCAAUGUAGGGAGAGAAAAAAAGAGAUGAGGAAACUCAUGAGACUGUCAAGAUUGUAUAACUUUCUUGAUUUAUUUUGAGAAUGUGUUGCCUUUCUACUAUUACAGCAAAGCAGCAUUUUGUUACAGACUGCCUAAAAUCACUUAAUCUCAGGUGAACGCAUCACUUGCCAAACUGUUGGAAUGCUAUUUGUGUUUAAUUGCACUGUUGAAUUUUUUGUUGUUGUUGUUGUUUUUUUGUUUCCUUUGUUGUUGUUGUUUUGUUUAUUUGGUUGGUUUUGGGGGAGGGAGAUUUGGAAAAGGGACAUACACAAAAGUUAGAAACCCACCCACAUUCCCUUUUUAUCAUUACACAUGGAAGAAGAAAUUAGCAAGAGCUGAAAAUGGAAUAAUAAAGGCAGUAUCAGCAGGCACCAGCCAAGGGUUAAAUAAGGGCUGUUGCUCUUAAGAAAUGUCUUUUACCGUCCAAACAGUAUGAAAGUAUCUCAGCCACUCAAUGUAGGGAUAGGAAAGGAAAGGAAAUUUAUUUUUAUACAUAGUAACUGAAAAAUGCAUAUAUGUUUUAAGUCUUUGCUCUGGUAGAAAGUAUAUUUGAAAAGUGCAAGAAAAUAUGGUUAUGCUAAAAGGACUCAGUUUAUACUAUUUGCAUUAUGGUCUAUUGAGGUUUGAUAGGGUGUGAGGGUUUUUUUGGUUUUUUUUUUUGCUUUUUAAUAAACACAAAUUGAGCAAACAAAAACCCACCAAAAUGACCAGCACCAGAUCAGUCAUUGCUGGCAGAAUUGUCUCUUUUUGAAGGGAGGUUUCCAUGAACUGAGGAACCUAUACCAGCAAUACAUUUUUUAAGAGGUCAGCUUUAUGUUCAGACAAAAAAAAAAAAAGACAGAACUUCAAA